UCAGAGCUCGAUGGGCUCCAGGCUUUUUCCGGCAGCACCAGCCCCACAGACUCCUGAAGCCUCAAGAAUUUGCUUGCAGCUAAUUUAAAGCAAACAUUUACAUAUGGAAAAACAAUGUGGUGGAGCCUGUGCCAGGUUUCUCCCUUGAUUCUCACUAUAUGCUCGCUGUCUAUAACAGCACGUUGGGCCACGGCUGCAGCAUGCGGGGAGCCGGCGGCGGUGCCUGCCCAGAGAAGAAGCAUCAGAGAUGCAAAUUCUCCAGCUCCUGUCAACUGUCAGCUGAGCCAGUGGUCGGAAUGGACUGAUUGCUUCCCUUGCCAAGGGAGAAAACACCGGCACCGGACGCUGCUGCAGCCAGCAAUGUUUGGAGGGCAGCGCUGCGAGGGGCCCCUCUGGGAUGAGCAAAGCUGCAGUGCUGGGAAGAGCUGUGCCAGAGCUCCAAGCUGUGGGAAUGACUUCCAGUGCAAGGAGAGCGGUCGCUGUAUUAAACGGCAUCUUGUGUGCAAUGGCAAUACAGACUGCAGAGAUGGGUCUGAUGAGAAUGACUGCGAAGAUGAAGAUGCUGAACGCCCCUGUGGCAAUCUGUUCCCCAUCCCAGGGUCUGAAAAAGCAGCACGAGGAUACAACAUCCUAACACAAGAGGAGAGAAGGUACAUAUAUGAUCCUAAAUUUCUGGGAGGUCACUGUGAAUCUGUCUACAAUGGGGAGUGGAGGGCACUGAGGUAUGAUGCCACGUGUGAACGCCUGUACUAUGGAGAUGAUGAGAAGUAUUUCCUGAAGCCUUACAACUUCCACAUAUACCAAUUCCUGGCUCAUGCUGAUUCUGGAUUCUCUUCUGAGUUUUACGAUGAUUCAAAAGAUCUGAUUGAUGCCCUCAGAAGCAGUAAAUCCAAAGGAGGGGGUUUCACCAUCGGGAUUGGGCCUAAAAAAAUAGAUUUCAAACUGAACCUUGGCUUCACCUUAUCACGUGGCAAAGGAUCCCUGAAGAAUUUCACAGAAUAUACUGCAAAGAAUGUUGGAUUCAUUAGAAUUGCGACCAACGUGCAGACAGCCCGCUUCAAGAUGAGAAGGAGCAACAUAAUUUUGGAUGAAGACACACUCAUCUCCCUGCGGGACCUUCCAGAUAUCUACAAUUAUGGCAUGUAUGCCAAAUUCAUCAAUGACUACGGCACCCAUUUCAUGACAUCUGGCACUAUGGGAGGCGACCUUGAGUACAUCCUCGUUGUUAACAAAGAAGAAAUGAGACGAAAAGACAUCAGCUAUGAAGAAGUAACCACCUGUUUUGGCCUCUCAGUGGGCAUGUCAGCCACAAAGCUUAUGCUGCACUGGGAAGCAUCUGUGUCACUCUCUGUCUGCGCAGAGAAACAGCUUCUGAAUGCUGCUGACUUCUCAGAUGCUGGGAGCAACAGUCCAGUCGUGGAAGAUAUCAUUGUCCGGAUUAAAGGUGGAGAUACCUCUUACAGUGCACAGCCCUUAAGCAGUUGGGAUAGCAACACGUAUCGGCGCUGGGGAAGGUCAUUAAAAUAUAAUCCAGCUAUUAUUGAUUUUGAGCUGCAACCUAUCCACGAAAUCCUGCGCAGAAGUGAUGCUGGCAACAUGGAAACCAAACGGCAGCACCUGAAGCGGGCUUUGGAUGAGUACCUGCUGGAAUUCAAUGCCUGUCGCUGUGGGCCAUGCCAGAACAAUGGGGAACCUGUCCUGGUGGGAGAUGAGUGCUCGUGCCAGUGCCGGUCUGGAUACAGUGGCCCUGUCUGUGAGCAGACUGAGCACCAAGGCACAGAGACAGAUGGGCAUUGGAGCUGCUGGUCAUCCUGGACCUCGUGCCAGUCGGGCUCACGGCACCGCAGCCGGCAAUGCAGCAACCCAGCCCCACAGCAUGGAGGGGCACCCUGCAUGGGGAGAGAUGGGCAGAGCUCUUCCUGCUGAACCCAGCAUGGCUCCAUAGGCACGAGCUCAAGGCUCUAAGUGCCUCAGGUAUGAAAUACACGGGUUAGAACUGUUUACUCGUGGAAAUGUCUAUGUUUGCCUUUGGAAAACAAAUUAAAAGCUCGCGAUCCUUGCA